ACCUUUGCGUGACCUUGGUGACGUAAUACAAAGCAAUGGCUGCGUCUGCUAUCCCAACUGUUGACUUCCAGAAGUACGGACUGAAUGUUGCAGACCCAACGUCCGUGACGGAUGACGUUCUGGAGACGACGGCCAAGGAGAUAUAUGAUGCCUUCAGUACAACUGGUUUCCUGUACCUGGUGAACCAUGGCAUUGAACAAAGAAAGGUCGAUGCUAUGUUCGCGGUGUCCAAAUCCUUCUUCGAUCAACCAGUGGAAGAAAAGAUGAAGUGUGUUCGAACCCAUCAAGAUAGUUUUCAUGGCUACAUUGCCUUAGAGAGCGAAAAGGGGAAUAUCAACGACCCCGUUGCGGAUUUCAAGGAAGCGUUCAACUUUACACCAAAGGAUGAUGGGGCGUGGCCGGCGGAUCUUCCCGAAUUUAAAUCAUCUUUCUUCGCAUUCUUCGACGACUGCAUACGACUAACAGAGAGAGUCCUCGAUGUCCUGUCUAUAGCUCUUAAACUCCAGGAUCGCAACUUCCUCCGCGAUUGCCACCGUCAGAUGGGCAGGAAGGGGAACAGCACCAGUAUCAGAAGCAACUACUACCCUCCUCUAACUGGACCCGUGAAGCCAGGUCAAGUUCGCUUUGGACAGCACUCCGACUUUGGGACAAUGACACUGCUGUUCCAAGACGGCAUUGGAGGCUUAGAGAUGAUGAAAACUGAUGAUGUGUAUGUGCCGGCAAAGCCCAUCCCCGGCGCCAUAGUGGUCAUCAUUGGUGACCUGAUGCAGCGAUGGACUGCAGAUCAGCUUAAAGCCACAAAACACCGAAUCCUGGUUCCUGAAUCGGAAGUGAAGAAACGCCAGUACCGACAGUCGUUUGGUUUUUUUGUCAACCCUGAUGAUGACACCAUCAUCAAAAGUCUGGAUGGUUCCGACAAAUACGAACCCAUCUGCACUCUGGAUUAUCUAAAGCACGUGUUCUUUCAGAUGUAUCAGUUUACCAGAGUCCCUUAACUUUCAAGCUGAGAAGGGUAUUUGAAUAUUUUCCCAUCCAGAUUCCUAAACGUAUCACCCUUGCUUUGAACAUGUCAUGUUUUGAUACAAAAAAUGAACAACUGAAACAUAGAAUGUAUGUACAUGAUAAUUGUUUCUAAAGAACACUCACCCAUGAGGACAUUUUAAAACUUUGUGUUCUUUCAGUAUAAAGCUUGCUGAUUGAAAACGGAUUGUCUCACACAUGCUCAUUCUGUACAAUGUUGAAAGAAAAGUUCAUCAUUAUUUGAAAGCAUUUCUGCUUGAAUUGUUAAAUGACUCAAUAUUGUAGCAUAAUGUUUUCCUGUGCAAUCAAACUACAUGUUAAAUACUCGAUUCUCGGUAUUUGCACUAUUCAUAAUUGUUGCGCGUCUAUUUCCAAAUUAAAUGAAUAAACAAUAAAAUCUC